AUGCAGCAGCAACAGCCCCCCUACUUUGACCCGAACAUGCUCUCCCCAAACACGACGGCGCUCCUAGAUUCCAUCGCAAUGGGAGAGUACCCGCCGAAGCAGACAGUGACGCCCGCGACCUUUGCGCCGCAAGCGUUGUUUCCUGUUCCCGGGCGAGACACUCCAGAGGACUCGUCUCCGGAUUCAGUCAAGAUGAACAACGCCACUCUGAAAGAUCAUUCCCACGUUGCCUCCGACGAUAGUGACGCGGAGCUGCAGGGAUUGAAUGAAGUCAAUAACCACAAGCGAAAGGCGUCACGUACAACGAUUGCGGACCACGACGCAGAUGAGGAAGAUGACUCGUCGGACAACGCUCAUGAGGACAAGCGGCAACAGGUUAAUGACCCCAAGGCCACACGAGCUGCGCGCCGCAAGUCUGGCGACGGCAAGGCCAAACCCGCCGACAAGGCGGGUAAGGCUGAGCAGUCGAACAAGGCUCAGCGUCGUAAGGAACAGAACCGAGCAGCCCAGAAGGCUUUCCGAGAGCGACGAGAGGCCAAGGUCCGAGACCUUGAGGCCAAGGUUGCCGAACUCGAGGCCAAGUCUUUCGGAACGUCGGUCGAGAACGAGAACCUGCGAAGUAUCGUGAAGCGUCUUCAAGAGGAGAACAUUGCCCUCAAGGAGGCGCAGUUCACUUUCACGAUGCCAAUGAACGGCAACGCUCAUUCCAUCAACGGACAGCAGACGCCUACGCCCUCUCUGAGCCAGCAGCAGGCCAGCGCUAUCGACUGGUCUCAGUUCGCCUCCUUCAACAAGGCGUCUCAGAUGGGCAAGCCGCCGUCUCCACCGCAAAGUGUCUCGAACGACUCUUUGCGAAGUGUUCACGACAACAACUCGCCGCCUUUGCAGCAGGUGCACCGCGCGUCGACUGGCUCUGCGUCUGAGAGCAUGGAAGGACCGAGUCCUUCUGACCCCAACGCCGUUCCGACUCUCUUCGGCAACCGGAAUAACGGCAGCUUUGACAUGCUCAAGCGCCCCGUUGUCGGCAGCAGCCCGAACGACCAGCUCUCGACCCCGUCUUCGAUUGGCACGAACAAGGACGACGUGGAGGCGCUGUUCCGCAGCCUGUACCCGAACGGCAUUGCGAACGGCAGCAGCAUCGACUCUGUUCUUGCUGGCACUGCCGGUGCUCCUCAGCAGAACCCCCAGAUCGCCCAGCAGCAGGCUCAGUCGCCGUACACUUUCCUCAGCGCGCAGCCCGGCCUCACGUCGUUCGCGGACUCGUCUUCGAACAUGAUGGCCAAGCUGUUCGAGCCGACGUCCUACCGGGACUCAUCUUCGGCUGAGCAGGACAUGCUCGGCGGAGGAUCUGGCCAGUCGACGAUGAACACUGUUCCGAAUAGCUCCACAUCACAGACCUGGGCCGACCUGGUCUCGGGCAACCAGUCCGACUUCCUUUCGUCUCUGAGCAGCACGGCCAACGAUGCUUCUGAGGCUGGACCGGAGGACGACGCCUUCAUGAAACAGCUGGAGCAGCUGAUCCAGUCUGGUAACGUGCCGUUUAACAACGCCAGCCAGGCAUUCAGCCCGACAAACUAUCUCAACAUGUCUCCCUCGCCUCUGCAGAGUCUAUCAAACUCGCAGACGCCGCGGUCCACUGCCGAGUCGUCAGACAACCUGCAGUCGCCGCAUUCGGACAACAUGCAGGGCGAGGCUGCGCCGUCGUGCGGUGCGUCGCGCAUCGUGCACGUUGUCGGCGAGGACGGACGAGUCAUGCGCCCGUCCGAGGUCUGGACCAAGAUGGGCCUGAACACGGUGUCGGAGCCGCAGGAUCUGCUGAUCGACGACCUCUGCGACCAGUUCAAGGGUAAGGCGACCUGUAAGGACGGCAAGCGGUACAUGACGUACAGCGACCUGGUGGACAUGCAGUACGCUCGGGAUCAGCACGGCGAGCCGCCGGUCAUGUCCGGGCGCCCGGCCGAGCAGCCCAAGCUCCCGGCCAAGCCCAAGGUCGCCGAGCGCGACUGCGAGAAGCACGACCCGGCCGAGUGCCAGGCGAAGGCCAACGAGCUUUUCCUCCAGCAAAACGCCCAGCCCGGGUCCGCGGCAUAG